AUGGCGGCGCGCGGCGCCGAGGCCGAGGCGCUGUUCGAGGCGCACACGGCGGCCGAGCUGCGGGCGGUGGAGCGGCGGCUGCGCGCCGGCAUCGAGCAGAAGCGGGAGGAGCUGCGGCAGAUGGUGGGCGAGCGCUACCGCGACCUGAUCGAGGCGGCCGACACCAUCGCCGAGAUGCGGCGGAGCGCCGAGCGCCUGCUGGGCGCCGUGCGGGGGCUGCAGCGCGGGGGCACAGCCCGGCCCGGGCCCCCCGGCACGGCUCGCCCCCCGGCUCAGCAGGGUUUUUACGGGGCUGCGGCGCAGCUGAAGCUGCUGCUGGAGGUUCCCGAGCAGGUCUGGGGGGCGGUGGAGGGGGGCCGGUUCCUGCCCGCGGCCCGGCUCCACCUGCUCGGGGCUCACCUGCGCCGCCAGCUGCAGCUCGACACCGCCCGGGCCCGCUCCAGCCCCGUGCUCGCCCGCUUCCCCAUCCUGCUGCGACAAGUGGCGGCUGCCAGCCACCUGCGAUCCACCAUCCUGCAGGAGAGCAAGGCCCUGCUGCGCUGCCGGACAGGCUCGGACCAGGCGGUGGCAGAAGCCCUGUGUGCCAUCAUGCUGCUGGAGGACAGCUCCCCUCGGCAGGCCCUGGCUGAUUUCCUGCUGGCCAGGAAAAUGGCCAUCCAGCAGCUGCUCAACCAGCCACACCACGGUGCAGGUAUCAAAGCUCAGGUGUGUUCCCUGAUGGAGCUGCUCACCACCACGCUGUACCAGGCCCACGCUCUCUUCUACACCGUGCCUGAGGGGAUGGCCCCAGACCCAGCCCUGCCCUGUGGAUUGCUCUUCUCCACCCUGGAGAGCACCACGGGCCAGAACCCUGCAGGCAGAGGAGGGGUGCUGGAGGAGGAUCUGAAGCUCAGCAGCUGGUUCAAGUACCUGCCUGAGUCUGUGGUGGAAUUCCAGCCAGCCCUGCGGACUCUGGCACACCCCAUCAGCCAGGAGUACCUCAGGGAGACCCUGCAGCAGUGGAUCAACAUGUGCAGUGAUGACAUCAGGACAGGGGUCAGGACCCUGCUGGUGUUCGUGAAGAGCAUGAAGGGGCUGGCAGGGAUCCGUGACGCCGUGUGGGAGCUGCUGUCCAGCGAGUCCAGCAGCCACAGCUGGGAGGCCGUGUGCCGGCGCCUGCUGGACAGGCCUGUGUCCUUCUGGGAGGAGCUGCUGCAGCAGCUUUUCCUGGACAGGCUGCAGACUCUGACCAAAGAAGGCUUCGACUCCAUUUCAAGCAGCUCCAAGCAGCUGCUGGCUGUGGCCUUGCAGGAAUUGGAAGUGAAAGGCAGCAGCGGUGCCCUGAGCAAGCAGAUGCAGCUGGAACACAACGUGGCCCUGUUCCUGUGGUCAGAGAGCCCCGGGGACCUGCCCGGGGACGCGGCCUGGGUCAGCGUGGGCCAGCGCGGGCCCUUCGCGCGCAGCGGGCUGGCCAUGAAGGCACAGGCACUCACCCCCUGCGUGCAGAGCUUCUGCUCCACGCUGGACUCCAAGCUGAAGGCCAGGCUGGAGGAUGUCCUGUCCUACCUGCCCAAGGAUGGCUCUGUCCCCAAGGAGUCGCCGUGCUCUGCCUUCGACCGCUUUGCCGACGCGGGCACCGUGCAGGAGCUGCUGCGGGAGCGCUGCGUCAGCUGCACCCAGCACCUCCUGGGCUGCGUCCAGGAGCAGCUCCUGAGUGCCCAGAGCCAGCUGCACCCCCCUGGGGAUGCCAAGCUCAACGCUGUGCUCUUCAUGGCCAGGCUGUGCCAGGCCCUGCCCGAGCUGUGCCCUCACCUGCAGCGCUGCGUGCUGGGCCAGGCGGAGUCGGCGCCCAAGGAGCCGCGCUCGGCCAAGAAACUGGGCAAGGGCAAAGGGCAGGAGGUGUCCCCCGAGCUGGCCAGGUGGCAGGGGGUGAAGGCAGAGCUCCUGCAGCAGAGCCUGGUGGCUUAUCAGCUCUGGAGCUCGGCUGUCACCAAAGGUCUGGUUGAGUGCUUCACCCACACGCUGCUGCUGGACACAGCUGGCUCUGUGCUGGCCACAGCCACCAACUGGGAUGAGAUUGAAAUCCAGGAGGAAACAGAGUCUGGGAGCAGCGUGACGUCCAAGAUCCGGCUGCCUGUGCAGCCCUCGUGGCACGUGCAGUGCCUCCUGUUCAGCCUGUGCCAGGAGCUGAACAGGGUUGGUGGUCACACCCUGCCCAAGGUGACCCUGCAGGAGCUGCUGAGGAGCUGCAUGGCAGAGGUGCUCGCUGCCUAUGAGAAGCUGGUGGAGCAGAAGCAGGAGAAGAGACCAGACAGCUUCCCCCUGACCCAGAGCAGGGCUCUGCAGCUGCUCUACGACCUGAGGUACCUCAGCAUCAUCCUGACAGCCAAGAGUGAGGACACAAAACCCAGCAGGAUCAAGCAGGACUCUGGGAUUGAGAAGGUCAUCGACUUCCUGGAGGGACACAUCGAUCCCUUCGACCUGGACGUGUUCACCCCGCACCUGAACAGCAACCUGAACCGCCUGGUGCAGAGAACCUCGGUUCUCUUUGGCCUGCUGACUGGGACAGAACACCAGUACACGAGCAGGGGCAGCGCGCCGAGCUCACAGGAGCUGCACAACAUCCUGCCCUUAGCAUCCAGCCAGAUCAGGUUUGGACUUCUGCCACUGAGCAUGUCGAGCUCGCGGAAGAGCAAGGCCAGUGCCAGGAGCACAGAAAGAGUCCAGUGGGAUGCUGCCCUGUGACCCCAAGGAGGCCUCAGGUACCCCAGCUGUGUGAGGAGUGUCCUGGUGCUGAGCUCUAGCAGCCAAUCUUUCUGUUGCUCCAUUUCCCCCAGUUUCAAACAUCUGCUUAGAUGGAGCUCUGUGUGCUGGAUGAGAGCCAAGGAAUACCUCACUGCUGUGGGAGGCAGCAAUUCAGGUUUCCUUUACUUAUUACCAGCCCAAUCCAUCCGUGCUGGUCUUGGCAACUGGGACAAGUUGUUGAGUCUUGACAAAGAGGUAAAGGCCUGGUUUGACCAGUGUCAUUUGAGAUGAUCUUCAGCUUGCAGCUCUUCACUAUCUGGGCCCAGCAAAGGGGUGUUUAAAGCCCAGAAUUCCCAGUAAAGGUAUUCCUUACCUCUCACAGCUCAGCUGGACUAGAGCAUAGCAGUGUGCAGUGAUGUCUGCCUCGUUCUGUCACUCCCCUCAGCUCUGUGCUGUGCUCAGCACACCCAUGGCCUGUGCUAGCCACACUUCCCAGGAUCCCUGACAGAUGCUUGCUCCUCCUUCAGUGCUAAAACUCUUCUGGCCAGGUUCAAAUGUGCAGUUCUCCAAGCACAGCUCUGCAAGGGCACCAGCCGUGCUGUGAUCCCUUGCUCUGACAGCAGCAGCUCCUGCCCUGCUGCUCAGAGUUUUGAUGAGUGUUCAGGGGUUUUCUGAGCAUUGAGUGACAUCUGCCACGUGCCUGUUGCUGGCAGCAGCGAGGUGCUGUGCUGUGUCCCCGUGUGUGGCUGUCACUAAGCCAGCAGUGACACCGCUCCGAGGUGCCCUGGUUCCACCUGCUGAGGGGACAGGGGAGCCCUGGGGGUGCUGUGACACUCAGAGUCACUUGUGUCUUCCCCAAGGAGCAGGCUGCAGCUGCUGUGCUGCCCAGGGAGGACGAGGCAGCACGGCCAGGCUCCCUGUUCCGACAGCUCCUCACCGACGACGAGGACGCGGCGGCGCCGUCGCUCUUCAAGCUGGGCUGGCUCUCGGGCAUGACCAAGUGAGGCAGCAAACAAUAAAACUGCUCUGGCUCUUUGUCUUCA